UUGCUUCCAGCGACUUCUGCUCUCACAGGCGGCACUGAUGUCAGCAGCAGCAAGUUGUCGGUCUCGGGACUCUCGCCCAAGACCCCGGCGAGCGAGUCCUCGGUGACCAAGUUGAGCGCCGUGUCAUCCCCGGCGCGGACUGAGACACGGCCGCCGCCUACUCUGGGGAGUACUCGGAUCUUCUCACUCAUUCCGCCGGGGACAGUGCCAGUGGCAGAUGAGCCUCACUUCGAAGUCUACUUCAACAGACAUCCCUUCGAACUGCUGAUUGGGCAGGAGUUCGUGAGCGAGAUGAACGCCAACGUCUUGAUGAUGCUGCAGCAGGACCCAGUAACAGUAGCUGAUGCCAUCUCGGCGGUCGGGUAUUCGUAUCUCGUCGGAAAGUCGGCAAACUCACUCUUGCCGGUGCUGAAUCGCAGAGCGAGGAUACUGGCAAAUCUGAGGAGCAUGAAGCCGUCAAGCUACUACUUUGAAGAGGCUCUCUUUCUUCUGCUUGGGCUUUGCGCCAUGGAGCUCGUCACUCUGGCCCAACCAGGUCACCAUGCCACCAUACCCACAGUCCUGUCCAACGUGGCGUCCCUCAUCAGCCACCACGUCUCUACGGGAGGAGACGUCUCCUCUGUGGCGAGGUAUUACCUCCGGGCGCUGGCGAGGCAGGAUCUCGUGGUCUCACUGGUACAGUUGCGCCGGCCUAGAGUACCUACGUAUGUCUGGCUCGAGAAUGAGCCCAAGCCCGACCGGUUGCUGGGGUACACCGUGACCAUGAUGCCUCUGCUUGAGGAGCUCUGCACGCUAGCGGAGGAGGUUCGAGAUCGAGUCCUCCAGCCAGUCCUCAGCAACGCACUCACGGAGGGGCAAGCAGACAUCUCCACCGCUGAUGACACUUUGCCUUCGUCCCUCUGCAUCGACAGCUGGCUAGACACGGGCUAUUCCGAUAUUUCCUUGAGAGCCGACUCCCUCCGCAUGCGGCUGGAAUCCUGGAGACCCAUGAUAUCUGACAGCCUCUCCUUCCGCUCGUCGCGUAAGUUUAGGGCGCAAGCUGCAUGCUACCGCGCGGGGGCUCUCUUGUACCUGCAUCGGUUGUUCGAGCUCCCGGGCUCGUCUCUGGAUGCAGAUAGUGAAGCUCUGAGCAAAGCUCACGAUGUAAUGCUUUACGCAACCGGGCCGCCAGAGGAGACGAAGAUGCUUUUGUGGCCUGUUUUCCUAGCGGCGUGCGAGAUGUCUGAUGUCGAAGACAGAGGUGCGGUCUUGGAUGUUUUCGAUUCGAUAGGAACGCAUCGGAAGACCGUGACCGUGGAGAGGACGCGGAGGUUUGUGGAGGAGCGGGUGUGGAAAGCUAGAGAUGAAGGUCAGGGCUGGGACUGGAUGACGUUAGCUCAAAGCUAUCCCGGGGAGUGUCUCCCUAUCUGA